AUGCUAAGUUUAAGUAGAAGUAAGAAUAUUGAAUGAGAAUUAUUUAGUGAUAAGGAAGAUGGACAUAUUUGGAUAACCAAUAAAUCUGAAUCUUGAUUUGAGAUCUAAAUACCAGACUUUUUUGGGGGGAUUGGUUUCUUUGUUUAUAGUCUUUUUAUUGUUUGGUUACAGUGUGAAUGAGAUAAUAGGAUAUACAAUAUCGAGAGGAAUCUAAAUAACAUAAGAAGUAGUAUUAUGAAAUAGCGGUUAUUAGACAAAAUUCGAUUAUGAUCCUGAUGUGCUUGUGCUCAAUAAUGAGAAUUUCAUUUUCGCAAUACGAGUAGAAUAGGAAAGUUUCUACGAGUAGCCGCAAUUUGAUAUCGAAGUUAAAUAAUACUAAAAUAAUAAUGAAGUUUAAUUAGAGUUGCAACAAUGUACAUUCAAACAAUUCAUAAAUGUUUUAAACUCAAGUCAAGUGUUAGAUUUUUUGGAAGCAAAUGAAGUAGAUACUUGGUUGUGUCCAAAAUCUGAAUUUUAAAUAGAGUUAUAAGGAACACAAUUUUGUAAGUUUUGAAAU